CCUCGGCCAUGGCCCCGGCGCCCCGGCUGGCGCUGCUGGCCGCCGCCCUGCUCUGCGCCCCGGUGAGGGGUGACGGGGAGCCCCCGGAUCCCGUGUUCCUGCCAGUGGAGCUGGAGGUCCUUGGGGUGCCCGAGUUCUUCCGGCUGCAGAGGGUGGAUCAGGACGUGGCCCCCAACUCUUCCCUGCACACCCGCUCUGAGACAUUCCUGCUGCUUCGUGCUGGAUCCCAGCCCCUGGUCCAGGCCACCUACCCCCCAUUCAGCAUCCGCCAGGAGGUGCCCCUGGAGAACCCCUCCAGCUCAGCAGCUUGGGCCAUCCGCGCCGUGUCCCUGGAGAGCUCUGUGUCCCCUGCUGAGCCCAUGGCCCGUGUCCUCUUCCAUCUGUAUGGGCCCGACUGGAUGCCUGGGAAGCAGGAUCACACCAGGACUCAGGAUCACCCCAAGGACUGGGACCACCCUGGGGUCUGGGAUCACCCUGAGGUCCAGGGCCACCCUGGGGGUCAGGGUCACCCCAGGGACCGGGAUCAUCCCAGGGAGCAGGACCACCUUCGGGACCAGGACCACCCUGGGGUCCAGCAUCGCCCUAGGAACUGGGAUCACCCUGGAGAUCGUGACCACCCCAGGGAUCAGGACCACCCUGAGCAGCAGGACCACCAUGAAGUCUGGCAUCACCCCAAGGACCAGGAUCAGCUCAAAGACCGGCACCACCCUGGAAUCCGGGACCACCCCAAGGACCAGUACCACCGUCAGCAGCAGGACCACCCUGUGAAUUGGGAUUCUUCAAGGGAUUGGGAUCACUCCAGAGCUCAGGAUCUCCCCUGUGUCACCCUCCACGCUCACCACCGUGGGCGGGUGGCCCGGGGGACAUGUCGCCUGCAGGCCCCACUGGGCGUGUGUGUGGUGGAGCUGGAGAUCCCGCCACGCUGGUUCUCCCUGGGAUCUCUCCAUUCCCACCGGAGCCGCCGGCGGGAUUCCGAUCCCUUGGAGCAUCCAGAGCGCCCAGCACCAGCUGAGCUGCGCUAUAGUGUGGGGGAGUGCGGAGGUCGGGAGCAGGAGGCUCCCAGAUAUCUGGGAAUGCUGGAGCUGCGGGCAGGAGAGCCGGAGCGGCGGCAGGAGGUGCGGCUGGACGAGAAGGUGCUGCUGCGUGUCCCCAAUGUCCCCCUGCGGCCUGGGCAGCGCUUCACGGCCACCAUCGCCCUGCGCCACAACUUCACCGCUGACAGCCUGACCCUGAGGAUCAAGGCCAAGAAGGGCCUGCAGGUGGUCUCUGCCCGCCCCACAAUUCCCAGCACCUGGAGCGUGCACCUGGAGCAUUCCCGCGGUCCCAAGCACUCCACGGCCGUGGUGACAUGCCGGCGGCUCGGGGACAUCCCUGUCAUCCCUGACAUCUCCAGGGUGUCCGAGCCGGCCGCGUUCCUGCACCUGGAUGUGGCGGUGGAAAACGGGACGGGGGGGCUGGCACCGGCGCGGCCCCUCACCUGGCAGGUGGAGUAUCCUGGCCAGGAUCCCGAGGCGCAGAAGGACAAACUGGUCUGGGAAAUCCAGGUGUCGGAGAGGGAUGUUCGUGCCCUCGUCCCGCUGGUGCAGGAGCUGGAGAUCCUGAACACAGCACCGCUGACCGGGAUCCCCCGCGUUAUCCCAGUGAAACUGGUGACUGUGGAAGCAGGGGGUGGAGUGUCCGAGCUCACGGAUCCUGUAGGAUGUGAAUCCGCUGACAAGCAGGUCCUGCAGGUGUCGGAUUCCUGCGACCUGGUUUUUGUGGGGGGCAAGGAGAGCCGAGGGGCACGGGGGGCCCGCGUGGAUUUCUGGGUGCGCCGGCUGCGGGCAGAGCUGAGCUUCUCCGUCUGGGCUCCACUGCUCCCGCUCCGUGUCCAGCUGGGAGAUCCCAUCCUGGAGCAGCUCCGUGGCUGGAGACUUCCUGGGGGGCCUGACAGUGCCGUGGUGGAGUCCGAUGACGCCGCAGAGGAGCCGGAGCGGCGGGCGCGGGGCUGCCGGCCGCAGUUCCAG